AUGGCGACGCUAGCCGACAUAAAAGUUUUUAGCGAGCUUGCGCAUCAAAUCUGCAAGCGGCUCAACGUCCCGCUCGGCAAGGCCACUGUCAAGAUGAAUGAGGCGGGCGAGACGACCGUGUGCAUGUUUGAAUCGGUGCGUGACUAUGACGUGUACAUCAUCAAUACGUCAUGCAUCACACAUGGCAAAGGCGACUCGGUCAUUAGCCCCAACACAAGCCUCAUGGAGCUGCUCGUCAUGAUCAAUGCAUGCAAGACGGCAAGCGCGCGGCGCGUCACCGCAGUGAUUCCCCACUUUUUCUACGCGCGCCAGGACAAGAAGGACAAGAGCCGCGCGCCCAUCACUGCGCGCCUGAUCGCCAAAAUGCUCGAGCGCGCGGGGUGCGACCACGUAAUUACCAUGGAUUUGCACGCCUCGCAAAUCCAAGGCUUUUUCAACGUCCCCGUGGACAACUUGUACGCGGAACCUGCCGUGCUGCAGUACGUGCGUGAGAUGUUGGACGUGCGGCGUGUCGUGAUCGUCUCUCCCGACGCCGGCGGCGCAAAACGUGCGACGGCCAUGGCCGACCAACUCGGCGUAGACUUUGCACUUUUUCACAAAGAGCGCAAGAAAGCAAACGAGGUCUCGCGCAUGGUGCUUGUCGGCGAUGCUACGGACAAGGUCGCGAUCUUGGUCGACGACAUGGCAGAUACGUGCGGGACAUUGGAUCUCGCUGCGCGCCGCCUCAAGGAAAGCGGCGCAGAGCGUGUCUUGGCGAUCGUCACCCACGGCAUCUUCUCUUCUCCCGCCCUGGACCGCAUCAUGGACAGUGCGCUGGAAACGGUGAUCGUGACCAACACUCUGCCGCAGACAGAGAACAAGCUGCUGUGCCCCAAGAUUGAGGAGAUCGACAUCAGCCACCUGCUCGCCGAGACGAUUCGCCGCUCGCACUACGGCGAGAGUGUCUCAGUCCUCUUUUCGCAGGUCCCAUACGACACGGUCCAGCCGUACCGCCACGGCAUAGACACUCCGUCGCAGUCGCCACCGCGCUCUCUGACUGCGUCCCCGCUGGAGAGCCGUUUCGUCUCGAUGGACUUGAGUGUGGGCGACGCCAGCAAAGAGGCGCAGCGGGAGAACGGCGUGAUUGCGCCGAGUCCGCUGCGUCAAGUCUCGUAG